UCUGAGUUCAGCUGAUCUGUUUCCCCUUUCCUGAAAGUCUCUACACUAAAAGCCUGAGAAACCUUGUAUUUGGGGAGGUUUAUUCUCUAUCACCAAGUUGUGGAGGCGGGGAGCCGGGGGGCGGGAUGGAAAGGCCGCACUGAAUGGGACUUAGCUACGCCUCAGCUGCCGCAACAGCACAUUCCUGCAGUCGACGUGGUCCUCCGAGGGAGCUGCUGAGCCGCUGAGGCCGGCGGGUCCCGGGGGAAGGAUAUUCUAGCCGGUCACCCACUCGAUGGUAGGGCCAGCAGCAUCCUGGCCUCUGGGCGCUGCCAUGAUGGAGGUUCAGGGCCCGAGCUCUAGCGGAGCUAAUUCCUCCCGGCAGAUGCUGGAAGUGCGGCCGGGGCUCUACCUAGGUGGAGUCGCGUCUGUCGCGGAGCCGGACCAGCUGAGGGAAGCAGGCAUCACGGCUGUGCUGACGGUGGACUCGGAGGAGCCCGGCUUCAAGGCAGGGGCUGGGGUCGAGGGUCUCCGGAGCCUCUUCGUACCAGCGCUGGACAAACCCGAGACCGACCUGCUCAGCCAUCUGGACCGGUGCGUGGCCUUCAUCGGCCAGGCCUGCACCGAGGGCCGUGCGGUGUUGGUGCACUGUCAUGCAGGAGUCAGUCGAAGUGUUGCUAUAGUGACUGCUUUUUUGAUGAAGACUGACCAACUUACCUUUGAACAAGCCUAUGAAAACCUCCAGACUAUCAAGCCAGAGGCUAAGAUGAAUGAGGGGUUUGAGUGGCAACUGAAAUUAUACCAGGCAAUGGGAAAUGAAGUGGAUACCUCUAGUGCAAUUUAUAAGCAAUAUCGUUUACAAAAGGUUACAGAGAAGUAUCCAGAAUUGCAGAAUUUACCUCAAGAACUCUUUGCUGUUGACCCAACCACCAUUUCACAGGGAUUGAAAGAUGAAGUUCUCUACAAAUGUAGGAAAUGCAGGCGAUCCUUAUUUCGAAGUUCUAGUAUUUUGGAUCAUAAGGAAGGAAGUGGGCCUAUAGCCUUUGCCCAUAAGAGAAUGACAACACCUUUCAUGCUUACCACAGGGAGUCAGGCUCAAUGUACAUCUUAUUUCAUUGAACCUGUACAGUGGAUGGAGUCCACUUUGUUGGGAGUGAUGGACGGCCAGCUUCUUUGCCCAAAAUGCAGUGCCAAGUUGGGUUCCUUCAAUUGGUAUGGUGAACAGUGCUCGUGUGGUAGAUGGAUAACACCUGCUUUUCAAAUACAUAAGAAUAGAGUGGAUGAAAUGAAAGUGCUGCCAGUUUUGGGAUCACAAACAAGAAAAAUAUGAACUUGUGCCAUUUGAUAGAUUGAAAAGAAACUUGCUGAUAGAAUAUGCUACCGUUGUUUACUAUCAUUCAAGGCAGAUUGUCUGGUUUUUAGGCCAUCAACAUUUCAUUUGAAAUGUGAGAAUAUAAAACCACUUGAUGUAUCAUGGAAACUAUGCUUUGUUAGCUUAUUACAUGGUAUAAGGAUACAGGCAGUCGAAGCUUUUUAAUCAUGUUAAAUUUAUUUUAUUUGAUAUUAAAUCUUCUACAACCCUGAUACUUUCUUUGUUUCAUAUAUAUUUUUUAAGUUCUCAUUUUUUGGAAUGUUAGUUAUGUGAUCUUAAGGCCUGGAUGGACAAAAAUUAUGUACAAAAAUUUGAAACUGUUAUGUUUAGGUAGGUAUUCUUUUAUUUCCAGAAAUGUAAAGCAGAUCUGUUUGGACAUAUUUUGAAAUUUAUUUCUCUUUCUCUCUUUUAAGGAAUAUUAGUAAGCCUACAUUAUGUCUGUAUUUUUUUUGAAAUAAAAAAAGAAAGGUCAUUAGUAAAACACUGA